UUACUUGCCGACCCAGACACCAUCGCCGGAAGCUCCGAGCCUCCGAUAUCUUGGACACUCAAAAAAACCCUACACAUACCACCCUUUCACAUACACAAAAUUUGAUUCAGAAACACACAAAUUUCUUCAAAAUGAGAGCAAUUGGUAGAAGAAUCCCAAACCCUAACAAUUCCUUCCUCUCUAAUGGAACCAGCAAGAACCCAUUCUUAAUGUCUGUGCCUUACUAUUCCUUCUCUUCCUCCGCCGGUCGCGGCCGAGGUGGUGGGGGCCCCGCUUCCAGUUCCGUGUUCGGUUCCUUGAGUGGUGACGAGGAAAAAUCGAGACCUGACUCGACAGAGUCUCCGCCGCCUGGUCUCGGCCAUGGCCGGGGCAGGCCCAUUCCUUCCGACCCAGUUCUUCCCUCUUUCUCAUCCUUCGUUUCUUCAAUUAAACCUGUUCAGCCUGGAGCAGGUCGCGGUCGGCUAGCGGCCGGGUCAACUCAGAAUCGAUUCGGUGCGGAUUCGCCGACUAUUUCACAUGACUCGAGGUCACCUGACAUUUCUUUACCCACUAGGAAAGAGGAGGACGAUGAAGUUGAUAAAUCGACUCCCCUGUCUCAGUCAGAAGAGUCCAAUCUCCCGACAAGCAUACUCUCAGCUCUGCCUGGUGCUGGACGGGGAAAACCAGUGAACCAAACGGAUUCUACACCUCAAACCCAGGAGGAUAAUCGGCAUUUGAGGCGCAAGCCUAAGCCUAGUCCAGCUAGAGAUGAGAUACGGCAGCCCCAGCAGAAGUUGAGCACGGAGGAGGCUGUGAAGAAAGCAGUAAAUAUUCUAUCUCGCGGUGGUGGCGGCCCUGAGGAAGGUGGUGAUACUGGCAUCGGGAGGGGACGAGGUGGGCGUGGGAGAGGGAGGAGAGGGAGAGGUAUGGGUGGAAGAGGUUGGAGAGGUAGGGGGCGUAGAGGGGUAAGUGAGGAUGGAGAAGAAGGUGAAUUUGCUGGGCUUGAGCUUGGGGACAAUGCUGACGGCGAGAAGUUAGCCCAGAGGCUUGGACCGGAGAAUAUGAACAAGUUGGUCGAAGGGUUCGAGGAGAUGAGUAGUAGAGUACUGCCUUCGCCAAUUGAUGAUGCUUAUUUGGAUGCCAUGCACACCAAUUUCUUGAUUGAGUUUGAGCCAGAGUAUUUGAUGGGGGAGUUCGAUCAAAACCCUGAUAUUGAUGAGAAGCCCCCUAUUCCUCUUCGCGAUGCCCUAGAGAAGGCAAAGCCUUUCUUGAUGGCAUAUGAAGGAAUUCAAAGCCACGAAGAGUGGGAGGAGGCUGUAGAAGAAAUAAUGAAGCAAGUUCCGCUUUUGAAGGAGAUUAUUGAUUAUUACAGUGGACCAGAUAGGGUAACUGCAAAGACACAACAACAAGAGCUAGAGAGAGUUGCAAAAACUAUUCCUGAAAGGGCACCCGAUUCUGUGAAGCGGUUUGCUGACCGUGCAAUUCUUUCUCUACAGAGCAAUCCUGGAUGGGGAUUUGACAAGAAAUGUCAAUUUAUGGACAAGAUGGCGUGGGAGUUUUCUCAGCAUUACAAAAAGGACAAAAAACCAUCCUUGCGAUGAGGCGGAGCAAUUAUGACGAGGAUGUGAUGAGAAGUGCCUCAGCAGGUGUCAAAAGUGAGUUUUUGCUGGCUCUAGAAUGAAGAUGAAGGUUAUAGCUGAGAUCAUAUUGAUUUUUUUUAAGUAUCUUGGGUGUCUGGGAUUGAAAAUUUCAAGAACAUUUCAUAUCUGGGCUGUGUUUCAGAUAGCUGAUGCAGAAUUUGAUUCAAUAAUAAUUCAGCUUGUUCAUUUCAGUUCAUUUAGUAGGUUAUUGGAUUCAUUUUCUUCAACAGUUUUUUCUCUCUUUUUGCUUUCUUAAGACUUGUUCAGUAUAAGUUUCGACUGUAUGUCUUGUUAGUAAUGGACAUGAUAAUGUCAACAGUGGAGAGUCCAUUUCUUGAUCUUA